AUGGGCCGGUCCCCGGACCGUCUGUCGAGCAGCUAUCACGCGGCGGUUCGAACCGGCUCUCCCUCGAUGUCCAACAGCAGCGAGCCGCCGCUGAUCCCGCACGCCAUGAGCCAGAGCUUCGACUCGCCCGGACUCAUGUACAAAAAAAAGCACAAGCGUCAAGGGCAUGCCUCAUGUGCGCUGUUGACUGCACUUUGGCGCAUGCCCUUGAUGAAUAAAAAAGACCACAGUGUGGUCAUAGCUAAUGAUUUUGGAUCAUGA